GGGAGCACGCACUUUGGGAGCGACUCCUUCGGGCUGUCCCCAAUGGAAAAGUAAAAGGUUCGGCCAGAGGUGCGAUGCAACCGUCGUUUUUGCUGGCAAGCUCCGCACCGUUUGCGCUACAGGAUCGGGCCCGGGCCGUUAAUAAAGCAGUAUUGCGUCCUGGCUUUUUUUGGUUUCCGAGAUGAUGACGGCCUUGGGAGUGUAAUUGCAAAGUUGUCCCAUCCUCAGGUACCUUUUUCAUUCCAUUACAUGCCUUACCUGCCUUGCAUACAGUGGAAGCCGUUCUUAGGUAAUUCCCCACUUGGCUUCAUUCCGCAACAGCGCCAACAACGAGACGGAAUGCUUUCUCCAGUCGGCGACGGUCAGCACAUUGACCACAGAAGUGGCAGCAAAAGCCACAACACCCCUCGUCUCUGAAGAGCCGAGGUGUCGGCACAGAGACCAGUGAUGGCGAAUACCCCUCCUCAGGCAAAUGGUUCAGCCAAACCUGCAGAAGAAGCUCAUGCCGAGUCAGACCAUGGAGGCAUCCGGCGACAGCAAGCCACCGCAACCCAGAGCGAUCAACCGGAUCCGCGACAAGCUCAAGACAAAGAAGGGGAAGCUGGCCGACAGAAAGGAGCAGCUCAAGGAAAUGUCCAAACCACCCGGGGGAUUCGACGCGACUCCGCUGCCAGACGCACCCCAAGGGUACACGCUCAAGUUCACGUUCCAUCGAGUCUACGACCUGCCCGCCGGCGACCUCCACAGUUCGUCCGACCCCUUCAUCCACGCCACCCUGACCGCGCCCGUCCCACGGCGACACAAGGAAGACCCGCCGCUUACCCGGCGCACCCGGACGGUACGGCGCACGACCGAGCCGGUCUGGAACGAGGACUGGAUUGUGGCCAACGUGCCCGCGUCCGGCUUCACGCUCAAGUGCCGGCUCUAUGACGAGGACUGGCCCGACCGCGACGACCGUCUCGGCACCGUCACCGUCCGCGUCCCGCAUGUGGACGAGAACUGGGAGGGCCUGGGCCCCGAGGAGCACGUGUUCGAGGUGAGGAAGCGCACCGGUAGCAAGCGGGCCUACCUCAUCCGUGGCGCGUCCGUCGCCACGUGUGGGAACGGCAGCGUGACCCCGCGCCUGCACAUCAGCAUCCGGGUGCUGGGAAAGUCGGACCCGCCGCACGCCCAGAUGUACACGGUCGGGCCGACGACCUGGGUGAAGCAUUUCAGUCCCAUGAUCGGCCGGCUAGCGGGCGUCAAGGUGAACCGAGACGAGGAGCGCGAUGCGGUGGCUGGGGGUGAGCAGGAGAACGAUCGGGGAACCAAGAAAUACGACUUUCAAGCCAACGAGAUCCAGCUUUCCGGCCCCGUCCCGCCCAAGCUCUACCACCGCUACGUCGAGUUCAGGCCCAUGAUCGGUCGCAUGUUCUCUUCCCGGGGGUUACGUGGCCGAGUCCUGCACAAGGUGCUCCAGAAACAGCACAAGCGCAUCUACAACUACGACUCCAGCACCGAGUACGGCUCCUUCGCGCCGUGCAGCGAGGAGGCGACGCUGCAGUUUCUGCGCAUGGUGCACUUUGACGAGGGCGGCCGCAUCUUUACCUACCUCAUCACCCUCGACGGCAUGAUGCGAUUCACGGAAACGGGUAAGGAGUUCGGAAUCGACCUGCUGAGCAAGCACACGAUGCACUCGGACGUGGCCACCUACGUUGCGUGCGCAGGCGAGUUCUUUAUCCGCCGGCUCGCGCACCCGGUGAGCCACGCCGGAAAGGCAGAUGCGCCCUUCAGGAGUCACCAGGGCUCCUCUACCGAGCGCGCUUCCCUGCGCGCUUCCCUUUCAGCGUCCUCCUGCCGCAGCGGCCAAAACAACAACGAAAACACUAGCCCGGAUGAUGACCAACCCACACACCCUCCAGAGUCCCCGUCGAAGGGACCCCUUGCCGGGCCACCUCCUCAGAAGCCCAACCGCUACCGCCUCACUAUCGAUAAUGACUCGGGCACCUACCGCCCGGACGCCUCGGUCCUGCCCGAUCUGCAGGCCUUCCUGUCGCGCAACUUCCCCGGCCUCGAUGUCGUCGCCAUGCGCUGCGGCGACGACCGCCUGUCGGCCAUGAAGGCGGCGCAGACGGAGGCCAAAAAGCGCAGCACCGGCGCCGGCGUGGUCCGCAUGGUGCCAAACCGGAACCCGUCUAGCAGCAGCUUCAGCUCCGGGGACGAGAGCCGGCUCGGGACCCUGGAUCGUCUUUCUCCUGCUCCCGGGACGGGCGGCGAUGUUCCCGGGGAAGAUGCCGGAGGGGGAGAGGGAAGGGCGGCGCCGUUGCGGAGUAAGAAGGAGAGGGCUUUCGACCUCGCCAGUGAGCCCGGGAGAUGGAGGGAGGUCCUCGGGCUAACGGGGCCAGAGGGAAUAUGGAAACGGAGAAUGAAGAGGAUUAAGAACAGUGGAGGAGGGCGGGGAGGCCAGAAACAGGAUGGUAGAGGAUAAGAAUACGGAGAGUGGGAGGAAAGGGAACCUAACCAAUGGGAAGGGGAGGGGAAGAUAGGUAUUUUUGCACUUUGACUGCGUUGGAACAGUUGGCGUUUGGUUGUUUGGGCGGCUUGAAGAGCCUUCACUAUGAUGAUGUACGAUACUUUCGUUGUAAACUGUGUACUAAAUUCACAAGAGACUUGAACGAGCGACCUCGGAAAGUAACAGCAAUCGAGUUUGCUGCAUAUUCGGUAGUGUAGCCAUGGCUCCCCCGUAGUGUACUGCGCAGUGAGAGG